AUGCCCUUCUGGGUCCAGCCGUGCAAAUCGGACUCCAGCGAACGAACCGCCAACUCGUCCGUUGGCGAACAAGAGUUGCAGAUCGGUCGUUGCAAUGCCGAAGUGGACGAAGAGAGCACGUGCGAACAUUCGCCGAGCAGCAACAAACCUCUCCCAGAAGACAUCGGACGCCAAGUCCAUUACUGCGAGCAGCGGGUCCACUUACGCGACGACAGACUCUACGGUCAACUCGACGACGAGCAGGUGGGAGACACGGAGCAUCGCAUCGUCGGUCAAGAGCAUUUGGCGCGGUCGGACACCACGCUCGACAAGGACAAAUGGCUCGGGCGAGUCGGGUUUAUCCCUCACGACUGUGGCGACGAAUGGCUCGACGGCGUCGGCUCAGUCGCUCACGGGUGCUGCUGCUCGCGAAUCGACAGUAAAAGAGGAGCCGGUUCCGCGGGAGGUGACCAUCGAAUCGUUGCAGUCACAGAACUUGUGGCACAGUCCGAAAGGCAAGAACGAGGAGCCUGCAUCCGCACCACAAGUUACGCCGUCCAGACCGGCGUCACGGAGGCCAUCAAUGACUCCAAUCGCCGAGUGCAGUACGUCUACAACGUCGAUCAAGACAAAGGCGUCUACAGUCAAAGUGGCCCAAGCAUCGCAACGCGGAAAGGUCUAUCCAGCAUCAUUGGGUCGAUUCUCGGAGGACCUGCCCCAAAGCGAGCCACAGGAGCAACACUCUUACGAGCCCAGUGGUACGGACAGCCGCGAUUGGGAGUCGCAGGUGGCUUCGUACACUCCGAGCAUCAGUACCAGAGCGACCACGCUGAAGAAGCGAACACGCAUCAAGGCCAAAGUGCGAUCCAUCUGGAUGGCGGUGUCGACGCCGAGCCGCCAAAACCGCAACGACCUGCCAUCCGCACCAGCACAGUAAAGGUCGCCGAUCGCGUGCGUAAUCUUGAGUUGAAGCAAGUUCAGUCCAGGCAGACAUUAAGGAAGAGCACAGCUGGAGACGGACCUCCUGAAUUGCUUGGGAAGAGUGGAGAUGGGAAUGUUCCGUUGGUGUUCCCGUUGCAUGUCAAAAGAUUCGUCCGGAGACAACGCAAUGGAUCGCCUUUGAGACCUGAAACGCCAUUGUACCAAUCGGACCCGGAUCAGAAUUCCAUCAUACAUUCACCACUUCCGCAGCGUACCAUUCCGCAGAUCAAAACUCCGAAGACCCCGGUGGCUUCAUCCUCGCCCGGCAUGCUGGCUGUAGAGAAAUCUCGAGAAGGAUGGAGCGAGGACAAAGCACUCGCAGUGUCACGCAUUCGACCAAGCCCGUUCAUGCAUCUCCACGGAACUCGUGGACAUUGCGUGAGACACGGUCGUAAAUUGGGGCAGAGCAGAGCAGAGUUCCAAGGCACCAAGGAAAUGUUUGAGAAGGGCAGAAGUGGUGCGUAUAUUCCUACCGGCUUGCUUGUUCGUCGUCAGAUGGAUGCGACGAGUCCGUGGCGUUUCACAGCCGGUCAUAAAUUGACGAAGACAGCAGACAUCCAGCCGAAGUCUGAGAGCGAUGCUUGCCCUGACUGCAUCACUGAGUUGGGUAUCCAGAAGAACGAGAUCUCUCAAGCGACGAUCAGCACUAUUCGACAGAAGAUCAAGCAGCAGCCGCCGACUGCCGCGCCGAUUCCGCAAGAGACGGUUGUUGUGCAGCCACCGUUCAAGAUUUCUGCGACACCACAGCCUCGAGCAGCCACGAAGCCUCCAGUCGUUCCUGUCACAAGGAUUCCUGGCGAGCAGCCUGUUGUCCUCCACGCUCAAGGACUUUCUGAGGGAAGCGAUGCCGGCGACCUUGUCACUGCUGCCGAUCUUGGAGACGGGCUCGACGCCGUGAUCUUGGAACGAGGCGGGAGGCUUGAACGGGUCAUCAUGAACGCACGAAAAGGACCACCCAACGCUGAAGCGAUGGAGAAGCUUUCCAAGGAGCUCAUCUUGGUCUCCAAUGCCAUUGCCGCCGCCAAUCUCAAUCCGAGCCACUCGCAGGUUGAUGGAGCAUCACCCGUGGGCAACGAUAGAGCAAUGGUCGUCGACACACGUCAUGGUCGACAGCAAUCUAUGCCCGAGCUCCUUAGCAUGAUCGACGAGGCCGCAGGCGGACUUAAUUUAGGCAUUGCUCGAGCUCGGGGGGAUGUUCAGUCAACUGAUUCAGAGCUUCUUACCACGAGGGAUGAUGUCCGCGAACGAUCACAGUCUCUUCUGACCACAGACGCGGUCAGCAUUGUUCACGAGGUCAGCAGUGGCUCUGCCCUCUCUCCAGAAUCACGUAUCGCAAAUCGUCAACGGCUGGACCAAGACAUCGCCGCGGUGCGAUCUCACAUUGGUCCAUUCGCUGCCGAUCGAUUCAUCUACGUCCACGCCAACCCUAACACCAGACGCCACACUGACCAGACAUGA